ACACGAGGAUCAAUCUCUUCCCCCCCGACUCUGAUGACUGCGGCGCUCAUUGGUUAAGGUACCAAUUGCUUCUGCUGCCACUAUGCGCGUAAGGCUGCCCUUUGCCGGAGCCUUCCUCUCCCUGCUCGCAAUCGCAGGCUACGCCGGGCUGUCCGCCAUCCAGGUCGACGCCGUGAUCAACGACAAGGUCCUGCACUGCGUCACCUUCUUCAUCCUGACCACCGCCUUCUACUGGAUCCUCGACACCACGCGGCGCCGCACCCUCAACCUCACGCUCGUCGUCUGCACGCUCGUGCUCGGCAUUGGCUCCGAGGUCCUGCAGGGCCUGCUCCCCAAUGGCCGGGCCUUCGACUUCUACGAUAUCGUGGCCAACCUGGCGGGCUCGCUGGCGGCGCUGGGUCUGAGCACGUGGUACCACACCCGGAUGCUGGAGCGGAAGCGUGCGAGACGAUACCAGGCGGUGCCCGGGGACGAGGAGCGGGAUGUGGAGCUGGGCGAGGGCGUCGUCGGGGCGCAAGAGUCCGGCAUUACGAGUGUGGCCCCCGAGCCGACGCUGGAUGAGCAGGUUGAUAAUUGGGACGAGAAUGCGGAGGAUCCUUGGGAUGAGGACGACCAUGCUACGGGGACGGAUGAGGCGGAUGGCCGAACCCCCAGUGCCAGCAGUGCUGGUGAUGUGGAUGGGGAGCGCAAGAAGAGAGUGGACUGAUGUGCUACGAUAUGAUGGAUUUGCUAGGCGUUGGAUGGGGUUCCAUUUUGCAAAGGGGCUUGGAU